CAUUUUUUUUCACUUCUCUCUCUCUUCGCAAAUGCUUGAAUUUCCACUUGUUCAAUAAAUUUUCCUCUACUUUUCACACAACUGACGAUGGUGAUAGAGACCUACUACAGGAAACGCUCAAAGAAAGCCCAUCAGCACUGCAUGGAAAUGGACCAAAAAGAUGCUGUGCACGGCAGCGUUGCUGCAGCAGAGCCGCGCUGUACUCUUCUGCUUGAAGAUAGCCAGUUCUUGAUUGGGGGUGGUGGAAAUAAAUCCCCUAUAGAAAACUAUAUGAAAGAGGGUUAUCUUUACGAGAUUGAUCACGCUCAGUUACCCCCACGAACCCCAGCUCACCUCCGCUCCAUCCGAGUUGCUAUGGCAAGAAAUAUGAUUUCACCAAUAAAUUAUAGUCACCAAAAAGCAACUAAUUAG